AUGGCAAUGACAAUGGGUAUCUGUGUCUCUUCCAUUUUCAAAGUUUGUUAUUAUAGCCAUAAUAGGGCAGUAACAGUAUCGGCGCAGAAGAUGAGUGUCCCUUACAAUCUGAAGGAAGGGCAAUCUCGUAUUUUCCACGAACUCCCUUCAGGGUUGAACAUGGAAGUCAUUGUCCAGAAGAAGAAGAAAAGUAGAAAUGUUGUUGAAGAUGGAAAUCAUUACAAUCCACCUCUGGUAUUUCUUCAUGGAAGCUAUCACGCUGCUUGGUGUUGGGCUCAACAUUGGUUGCCAUUCUUUUCUCAAUCUGGCCACGACUGCUAUGCUCUCUCCUUGCUUGGACAGGGAGAAAGCGAUGAACCAGUUGAUACAGUUGCUGGUACACUUCAGACACAUGCAAGAGAUGUUGCUGAUUUUAUUCAUCGAAACAUUCAAUCGCCACCAGUAUUACUCGGACAUUCAUUUGGAGGACUUAUUAUUCAGUGUUAUAUUUCAAAUUUAGGAAAUGACAUACUCAAAGAGAAUUUAUAUCCGGAGCUAAUCGGAGCUGUCCUUGUUUGUUCUGUCCCUCCUUCUGGUAACAGUGGACUAGUAUGGCGAUAUCUCUUUUCGAAGCCAGUCGCUGCCUUCAAGGUUACAUACAGCUUGGCAGCAAAAGGUUUUCAAAGCUCUCUUUCUCUUUGCAAGGAGACAUUUUUCUCAGACACAAUGGAGGAUCAUGUUGUUAAAAGAUAUCAAGAACUAAUGAAAGAAAGUUCGCGGAUGCCAUUGUUUGAUUUAAGAAAACUGAAUGCUUCACUUCCAGUUCCUUCAGUUCCAAACUCAUCUCUUAAAGUUCUUGUUUUGGGUGCAAACAAUGACUUCAUCGUGGAUGCAGAAGGACUCAAAGAAACCGCAGAAUUUUACAGUGUGUCACCUGUAUGUGUGGAAGCAGUUGCUCAUGACAUGAUGUUGGACACUUCAUGGGAGAAAGGUGCAGAAGUUAUUCUUUCAUGGCUUAAGGGUUUAAACAAUUAA